UCCCCGCGGCGCGCUCCAGGUCCGCGCCGCGAUCGCGCUCGAUUACAACGCCGAGACACCGAUGACCUACAACGAGACCGGCAAGUGGCGCGAGAACUUCGACCUCGCCGCUUGGGCCUCCGAGGUUCGCCAGGUGGAGAAGGAGCUCAAGGCUGAGAUCGGCGAGGAUGACGUCGACCAUCUCAACAAGAUCCUCACCUGGGCCAACAUGUUCUACUACGGCGGCCUCGCGGUGCUCUUCGCCACGCCGUUCCUGACGAACAUCUUCUCCUUCAUCGGAGGCGCCAACCCCAUCGCCGCGUUCAUGAUGUCCACUGCCAUCUGCGCCAGGUGGACCAUGGUCGGUCACCACGUCUGCCACGGCGGCUACAACACCGCGCAGUCCGAGAACGGCGUCGUGACCGGCAGGUUCCACCGCCGCACCUUCGCCAAGGGGCUCGCCAGGCGCAUCUCCGACUGGAUGGACUGGAUGAUGCCCGAGGCUUGGGACGUCGAGCACAACCACCUUCACCACUACCAGCUCGGCGAGUCCGCGGACCCCGACCUCGUGGAGCGCAACAUGAAGCCCCUCCGCACUGGCAACCUCCCCAUGAUCCUCCGCUACGGCCAGGUCGUCGGCCUCGCCCUCAUCUGGAAGUGGUUCUACUACGCCCCCAACACCAUGAAGGAGAUGUAUCAGCGCCGCGAGCGCGAGGCCAAGAAGGCCGGCGAGGACUUCGAGAACCCCUUCAAGACCGGCGAGCUCCCCUCCACCGUCGCCACCGUCGCGGCCGGCGCGUUCAAGGGUAACUUCGCCGCCCUCGGCGAGACGAUCAAGUGCUUCGCCCCUUACGCGCUCUUCCAGUUUGCGGCGCUCCCGGCGUUGGGCUACGCCGUCGGCGGCGCGCAGAUGGCGACCGGCGUCCUCCUCACCUCCAUCCUCGCCGACGUCAUCACCAACGUGCACUCCUUCAUCAUCAUCGCCACCAACCACGUCGGCGACGACAUCUACAGGUUCGAAUCUGAGACGAAGCCCCGCUCGGAUGACUUUUACCUCCGAGCCGUCAUCGGCAGCGCCAACUUCCGCACCGGCGGCGACGUCAACGACUUCUUCCACGGCUGGCUCAACUACCAGAUCGAGCACCACAUGUUCCCCGACAUCUCCAUGAAGUCGUACCAGAAGGCCCAGCCCAAGAUCAAGGCGAUCUGCGAGAAGCACGGCGUGCCUUACGUUCAGGAGUCUGUCUGGAAGCGCCUCGUGCAGCUCGCGGACGUCAUGGUUGGCAAGAGGAGCAUGCUCGUGUGGGAGCGCGGCGACUGAGUCGAUGUGCGGCACGCAUAAUUGUUUUUUCAUUGUUUCGGGCGACGGCGACGACGAGAGUCGGAUGCGUAGAGGCGACGGGGCGGUCGCCGAGGGUUUGAGCCGACAGUCGUGGCUUACUUCUUAAGAACCGUGUUUUCUGAAGGUUGGGCGCGCCGAGGGCUGUCGCGCGACACGUGCGACGCCGAGCGGGCGCGGUGUAGGUCAAAUUUAGCAGCUUGCGUUUUAAUCGGUUGAUAACGCUAUCAACGCC